GAAGAGUCCAGAAAAGUCAAGGGACUUGUCGCACGCGCAAGCUGGAGUGCGCAGAGCUGAACAGAGCUGAAUGCGCAGAAACGCCGAAUACACGUUCUGUUGGUCCGGGGUUUUAAAGAUCAAUUUAUUGUUAUUUAAUUUACCGAAAAAUUGACGGUUAUCAGGAAAUAUUGUGAAUCGGCAACUUCAGGGGGGCGGGGGCAGGCGAAGGGACGACAAACAUUAGACGGGGAGCAACAAUUCUGUUCGAUUCGGAGGUUUUGAGAUCCCUGAUUUUUUCAGAUUCACCUAAGGACACCAUGAAGAAACGAAGUAAAUCAGCGGAAAUAAAAGAGGAGCCUGUAGCCAAAAAAUUUAAAAAAUCCAUUAAAGUCGAAGAAUCCUCGAAAAUCAAGAAUAAACAGUCCCAAAAACCGAAAUUUGAGAAGCCCACAGGGACGAAAAAACCGUUCACUUCCAAGGAUAAACCGGGCAAGCAGCAGUCCACGGAGAAGCCAGACUGGAAGGCUCUCAAAGAAGAGAAAAAACAGUUGAAAGAAAAGCGUAAAAUUAAACGAUUAGAAGCUGGUUACGAUGUGGCGCUGAAUGCCAAGAAAUUGGGGGAGAGAUUGAGGCAAUCGAAUUGCACCGGGAAGGAGCAAGAGGAAAUAACUAAAAAAUUAUUCCAACUCUUCAAGGGAAAUUUCAAAAAAUUCAUUUUCACCCAUGACAUAUCGAGAAUCGUCCAGUGGUUAAUCAAAUUCUGCACUCCAGAAAUCAGACAAUCGAUCGUAGAAGAAUUGACACCUGAGUUGAAGGAGAUGUGGAUGUCCAAGUACGCUGUUAACUGCGUCAAGAAAUUCUUGAAAUAUGGCUCUCCAGAGAUCAAACAAACUGUGAUGACUUCGUGUCAGGGUCGUGUGAUCAGCAUCAUAUCUCACAGUGUGUCAGCUUCCGUUUUCAACAAUGCCUUCAACAAUUGCAUAACCGAGUCAACGAAAAAUCAGUUGAAACAAGAAUUCUACGGAGAUAUCUACAAAAAAUCGAAAGACGAUAAAAUAAAGUGUUUGAACGACGUAUUCAAGGUAGCAACUGACAUGAAAUCAGCGACUCUUUCAGCAGUGAAAAUGAAUCUAGUUCGAAUAUUGAAUAAGAAAGUAAUCAAUAAUACACUUGUUCUCACAGUUUUAUCUGAAUUUUUAUCGAUAUGUUCUGCUGAAGAUCGAAGUGAAUUGAUAGUAAUGCUGAGGGAUUCUAUUUUUGAAUUAUCACAGACGAAAGAGGGCUCGAGAAUCGCAAUGAUUUGCAUCUGGCAUGGAACAACUAAAGACAGAAAAUUAUCCCUUAAAUCGAUGAAAGAUCACGUUAAAGAUAUUGCGAUAUCCGAACAUGGACACGCUAUUCUGCUCUCGGUAUUUGAUUCGGUGGAUGACACAGUUUUAGUGAAGAAAAUUCUGAUUUCUGAGUUGAUGGACGAUCUUAAAGACAUCGUACUGAGUGAAUUUGGAAAGAAAGUUAUUUUAUAUCUUGUGGCACGGAGGGAUACUCAUCAUUUCCACCCUCAAUUGAUCGACCAACUCAAAGAGGGGGAUGGAAAUGCCAUGAGCAAAAAACCUCAGGAGAUUCGAGAAAAGGAGCUGGUGGAAGUUGUCAAUGAUCCAUUGCUUGAAUCUAUCGCUGAAGACUGCGUUUUCUGGCUGGCGAAUGGCUCCAUUGCAAUGGUAACAUUGGCAAUAUUAAAAGCUGGGAAUGGAGAGAAACUUGCAACAGCUUUUCAAGCCAUUUCAGAAUUUUUGACAGCUUCGAAAACUAAAUUGAAGGAGGGAGAAGUGGAGUAUGCCCCUGUGGAACAUCCAGGGUUACACAUGAUGCUGAAAAAAUUAAUUCAAGCUGACAAACUAGCCCUUGAGACACAGAAAUCCACGUUCGGUGAGGAAUUGGCUAAGAAACUUGAUAAUGAGACAAUUACAAAGUGGAUUGAAUACAACCGAGCCUGUUUCAUCAUCGUUUUUCUGAUUGAAAAUGAAGCAGAAAAUGUUGUGAGUGAUUUGAAGUCCAAACUCGUCAAAUUGUCGGGGACUAUUAAGAAUAAAAAGACUCCAGGUGCUUCCAUAUUACUGAAAAAAAUCAAAUAAUGUCCAAGUGUGUUAAAUUAAGUUGUAUUUCAAUACAGCCUCUUUUGUAAGAAUGUUUGAAUUUUCUCCGCCCAAAAGAAUCAUUUCCCUUACGAAAUAUUAUAAUAUUGAAUUUUCUAAUAAUAGAUAAUAAAUAAGAUUUAGAAAUUGGAAAUAAA